GCAAAAAGAAGAGGCACUAUAAGUUCGUGUGAUCAAAGCAAGUGAAGUUGGUGAAAGACUUAAGGUACUUGUCAAGGCUUAAGUAUUACAUGCAUAAUAAAACUUAUCCAGAAGGCUCCAUUGCAGAAGGGUAUAUAGCAGAGGAAUGCUUAACAUUUUGUUCACACUAUUUUAAAUCUGUUGAAACUGCAUUCAAUCGGCCUAUAAGGAAUGUUGAGGAAUCCAUGGGUGCGGUGAUGAGCAUUACACUAGAUUCAAAUUCAUGGAUCCAAGCAUAUCGUUAUGUGCUAUUCAAUUGUGAAGAAAUCACCCCAUUUCGCGAACUUUGACAAUUGAAAUGGCAAGGCGAAAGGCAAAUUUGCGCACACGUCCCAAGAGUGUAACAUUGGAAAGAGCUUCUUCACAAGAUGCGAAUGAAGUGGGGGACCAAGAAACGCAUGAAGCUUCUACACAAGGAUCAGAUGUGCAACCAGCUAUACGUGUCACUCGCGGGCCAAACAAGUACUUAGAAAUUUGGGAUCUUCCCGAUGACCAAGAAAUUGAGUUGCCACUAAAUAGUAUGCAUCAGCCGGUUGAUGAGGGGGCGAGGACUUUCACUGGUUUCUUGGGUACGAUUGCACGGAAACCCCACAUGUGCCCGAUUAAAUACCUUGAUUGGAAGGCCAUGCCAGAAAAACUUAAAGAAGAGUGUUGGCGUCUUGUAAAGCGAAAAUACCAAGUCCCUGAUAAUCCUAAGGCAUAUGAGGGUUUGAAGAAAUUUACCUUACAAAAAAUUGGGAAGGCUUGGAGAGAUCAUAAGUGUAGGCUGAAGGCUAAGCAUUAUAUACCGCAUUCAAGAAACAAAGCACGGGUGAAGAGCAACCGACCUAGGAAAUGCAUAUCAGAAGAUUGGGAUAUACUUGUUGAUCAUUGGUAUACUGAUGAUGCAGUGAUAGAGUCAGAUAAGAAUAAGGAUCGUCGUUCUAAACAAGAUGACAUACAUACUGGUGGUUCGUGUGGCUAUGUUAUGCACGCUGCAAAAAAGGCAAAAACGGAUGGACAUCCUAUAGAGCGUGCAGUAUUAUUUCAAAUUCUACGUAUUCGUAAAGAUGGAUCUGCAGUUAAUCCUGUAAUGAAAGAAAAAAUGGAUAAAAUGAAGGAAUUGUUGGUUGACCCUAAGAAUCAAUUGCAGUCAUCUGACAGAAGUGGGAGUAUUGCAUGGUCAACAGAUGAUGUGUUUGCCAAAGUGAUGGGUAAAGAGCGCAAAGGUCACAUUCGUGGGGUAGGAUUUGGUGCAACUCCAAGUGGUCAAAGUAGCAAGACUAUUCUCACGGACAGUGAAAUACAAUCAAGUCAAGCAAGGGAUAGCGAAGUUGCCCAAUUGAAGGCUUCCUUGGCUACUAUGGAGGAGAAACUAGUAGGUUUUGACAAAAUGAAGGAAAAAAUUAGUCAAUUCGAAGAAAUGGAGCAAAGAAUGGCUCGCAUGCUUCAACAAAUGCAACAAAUUUCUACACAAUGCAAUCAGGAUGCUCCUCUAAUCGAACAAUCUCCAGCUCUCUCCAAAUCAUCAGCCGCAUCUCAUCAACCAAGAAGCUUAUAAGUUUUAUCUUAGAGUUCUUGGACUUUUUUGUGUACAAAGAACUAUGGAAGAACAACCGCAUUUUUUGCAAGUGUUGAAGGAUAUUUUUAAACACUUUGGAACUUUGAUUAUAAGAUUAGAUUAAUUUGGGCGGUUGUUUUAUUCAAAGGACCACAUCUUUUUUUUUUUUGUUAAUUUUAAGAUGGUGGUUAUAGAUAAUGUUAUGUAUUUGAUAAUAUAUUUUUAUGUUAAUAUUAUGUUAGUUUCAAGAUA